AUGGCAGAAGGCGCUACGACGGGUGCCCUCGCUGAGCUCAUUGUCGACGAAGACGCCAUCCACAAGUCUUUGAUUCCCGACGAUGUGGUUAUCCGUGACUACCUAAGUUGCAUCAACGAUGACACUUGGGUGCGCCACGCUGAGUUGGUGAACUUGUCUGACCUUCAAGAGACGGAACAUGAAGAGGCCGUCAAGGAGGAGGUACUCCGCACGUACAUUGACGAGCGGCGUAGAAGCCGUGCUGAUGUUCCAAGGGACUUGAUCAUGGAGGGCAUAUUGUGGCAGGAGAGGUUCAUGGAGGAGUACAAGCGAGACCAGCGCUCACAAGACCGAACAGAGGCGACAAGCUACAAGCAGUCUCUCAUGGAAAGCUUCCGCACGAAGCGAACCGACCCGCACAUCACGGGAGGCGCAGCCGCGGAGACGAAGGCCAUUGAGUACAGCAAGAGACAGUCCAAUCCGGCAGCAGUGCAUCCAACAGAUGGAAAGCAGCAAGAAGAAAUAUGCAAUCAGGUACCAUCGGUGUACACACCAAACGUGAGGCCAGAACCUGCAGAUGAUGCGGCACCUCCUGCUGCUGAAGAAGAAUAUCCGGCUGAGGCUUCGGCCGUGCCGCCCGAUCAACCCGAGAGAGAGGAACCCAAAACAGAUGAAUAUCCAUGCGAGGAGGUGACUCCCGUUGUGCCGCAAGACAAUCUGCAGGAAGCCACUGCAGUUCCCAAGGAAGAGGAGCACCCAGCUGAAGAUACAAAACCCGCCGUGCCUCCAGAUGAACUUCGCAAUGACAGCGCGCCUCCUGACGGAGAUGAGUACCCAGUGGACAAAACAAGUCCAUCCGUGGUGCAAGCUCAAGGGGAAAACGCCCAGGAAGAAUACCCAGCUGACGAAAAGACAGCUCACGGUGGGGACGAUGCUCUGGCAAUGGAAGGUGCGGCUCCUGCCACUGGUGACGCCGAUGCCACAAAUGAGUAUUGA